CUCUUUUCCAGCUAUAUCUUGAAAAAUACUAGUAACUUAAAUAAGUCAACCUUCAUAUCGGAACAGUUUAAUUACCCAGUAAAAAAAAAUGAAGAAACUCAGACAGGAACACUAUAUAUUAUUACUUUAUCUUACAGGAGGCACAAUUAGACUGAUAAUGAUAGUAAUAGUGUACGUUAAUUGUACUUUGAAGUAAAUUAAUAAUGAUAUCAACUUCUUUUACAUUUUUUCAGAAAGCGUACCAAGAAGCGUGUCAAUGUCCGCCGAAACAUGUCUUAUGGCCAGAGUGAAGCAAGAUGAGUCCCGUGAUCGUCCUCCGACCGGUUCUCAGCGCAAACUUUUGCUAAGUAGCUACAUGAACAGUGGAUCGAGUUUUACCGGAAGUUUGUUUGGCCACAGAGAUGAUGCCUUCUACUUCUACGAGCCUCUCUGGACAUUUGGCGUUUUUAGUUACUUCAGAAGUCCAAACACAGAGUGCGACACUCUGGAGGAUCCAACAAAUUGCAGGAACUCUACGCGUGUUGCGGAUCUACUAGAGAUCUUGGACGAUAUUUAUCACUGCAAGUUCUCGUCGCUGGGUCAUAUCAUCGUACCGUCUGUCCACGGUCGCUCUUCGUUAUCUGGAACUAGCUGGUUGUCCUUCCACACGUGCAUGAAAAAUCGAGCGCCAAAGCAAGAGUGUCUUAAAAUCUUAGAAACAACUUGUCACAAUUCAGCGCACGUGGUCACCAAAGUUCUUCGCUUGACCACGUGGGAUCUGCGAUCUCUUCUUGAGAGGAACCAAAACCUUAAAGUUAUUCAUCAGUUUCGAAACCCGUUCGCUAUAAUCAACAGCCGGAGUGAGACCAAGGGAUACCCGGCGAAGAACUUCAGUUUAAAUGCGGACAUAUUAUGUAAUAAAAUGAAGGACGAUUUUCAAGGGGUUCGUACCUUAAAAGAUACAUUCCCUAAUAGAGUGAAAAUGAUUUUCUACGAGGACCUUAAAACAGACAUUGAAACUAAGGUUCGGAAACUGUUCGACUUUGUUGGUAUGCAUUUUGAUAGAAAUGCGCCUAAACAACUUAUCAAUGUAAAGAUCAACGAUGCCAAUUCAAACAUUACAGAUAUGAAUAAAAAUAGAAUAAAAGACAAUGCCCGUUGGUGGCGAUCGUACAUGUCUUUCCGGUUGUAUGAACAGGUGCUUGAGAAAUGUACGGAAGUUGUAAGACUGCUUAACAUAACGACUUUUAAAAAUAGAGCUGAAAUGUUUCAAACAAAUAUACCCGAUCUUAAGCUGUCCGAAGAAAUGUCUAUAUGACGAACGUGAAACAAACUAGGGGACUCAACCUAUUCUCAAAGUUUAAUGAACAUAAUAUGAAAACAUAUGGAAUACAGGAAUAUAAUUUUAUUUACAUUCUAAUGAAUAAACUAUGCCACUUU